AGUAAUACCGAGCCAGCACCCUGCUGCCCCGCUGAGCACCUCCAACAUGAGCAGAAUGGCACAGCGACAUGCACUGGCACUUCACAACAUUCACCACAACGCAGGUUACCCACAUUACAGCUGCGGGAGGCAGGAGAGCACCUAAUCUAUGUAAAAUCUGAGACAAUCUCUACCCCUAUAACAUUAUCCUGUUGAUCAAAACUAGUCUAGCAAUGCUCUGAGGCGGGAAAACCCCAGCAUUUCUGAGCCAGUGGUGUGAGCUCCAGAGCUGAAUUUACAGCAGUAGCCAGCUGGUGCUUCCCCAGCCUCCAUCUAUGUAAACUGGUGCUUUUGCAUCACUUCAGAGCAAGCUUGAGCUCCAGCCCUCUGAAGGUAGGGACCCAACUGAGAAUAAUGGGAGAUCCUUGUAGGGGGAACUUCCUGGAUGAAACACAUUCCAGCCACAGUCCAAUCUCACUGUGCUUAGACAAAGAGGCCAAGACUGCCUUUGCACCUGAGCUUCUGUCGCUGCUGCUGCAGCACUGCAGAAAGGGUUUGUUAGAGCACGCUACAGCCCAGUGAGUGGCUGCACUCAGUCCCAUACACUUGAUAGGAAAGAUGCGUGCUGAUGUCUUUACAAACAAUUUCAAGGGUGAGGGUAUGGGUGUCAAGAAUACGCCAACUUGUUACUCACCUGACUAAUGCUCCGCAGUACAUAAUGAGUGCAUAAUGAGCUAAGAACUGAAAAAUAAGGGGGUAGCCACACAAUGGAGAGGGGGACACAAUCCAGAGUCAAACCCCUAAUUGUUCCUGCUAUUUGGCCCCGUUGGGAAAAACAGGAUUAGACUAGAUCUGACCUGUGUUGCUGUUUCAGCUGAAAACAGUUCCAAAAGAAGCACAAGUGGAUACUUGCAUCUGCUCUGUGAGUCAUUCCCAACACUUUUUUAAAGCACAUUAUCUCUAGAUAUUUUAAUUUUUUUUAAAUUUAAAAAAAUUUCCCAACAUUUUUUAAAAGCAUAUCAGCUCUAGAGAUUCAUGGGCAGUAUAUCCAGCCUGAAGGCUGAUGGUGCCACAGGCAGAUGUUCCAGACCUGAUCAUCCCAUGAGCUUCCCAAAUGUCCACAUCAUGUUUUCCAUAGCAUUCCCUGUGUCUGUAUGACUUCUGCAUUUACCUUUGCAAUAUGUUUCCACGUGUAUCCUUUAUUUGGGGGAAAAUAACUGUGUUUCUUUUCCUAAAUAAAUUCUGACUUUAGAUGGUAUGAUUUUAUACACUUACACAAGUCUUAUUUCUCUCACAAUUACAUUAAAAAACAUGUGUUUGGUAAGUUGAUUAGAGGUAUUGUUGGGGUGAGGGAGCAAAUUAUCCUCACUGGAAGGGGAUAUGUGAAAAAGAGAUUUAGUGGUUAAAGCAUAAAACAAAGGGAAUGGAGGACAAAUGGGAUGAGAAGACAAAAAUAUUAACAAAGACACAAAAAAAAAAAAAAGGUGGGGGGACCUAAAUCAGCUGCAUGCUCACUACAAAGCUGGUCUGACGCUGGGACAGGAGCUGAUAUACACGCAAAAAACCGAUCUAUGUAUGAAAAUCGCAGACUGUGAGCAGUCCUGCUGCCUUUCCAAGCACACUGACAGGGCUCUCCGAGGGAGGAUUUGCUGGCAGAGGCGGUGUUACUCCCUCUGUAGAACUCUAAUCCCUCUGCCGCGGUCCAUCCUCCCCAGCCGUGUGUCCUCGGACGACUCGGGGGCUCCCGCAGCCUCCGGAGCCUUGCAGAAACCCCGCGGGUUUCUCCGUCUUUGCAAGGGGCUGGUUUGGGGCAACUCGGAGAGCCCCCGCGGGGAUCACGCGUGUCCCGGGGCAGCCCUGCCAGCAGGGGACAUGGGGACCGGCGGCUCUCUGCCCCGCCAAGGGCAGCAGGACAGCUUCGCCUCCCGGGGAAAAUCCCUUUCCGACCGUGCAUCUGCUCUGCGAGCACCGAGCGAGUGACCUGGCCAAAACCCACGGCCCGGCUGCCUCUGCUUGCUUUGUGGCCAGAACCAGGCUCUGGUUAUAGCUCGGUCUUUUCAUCCCUCACACCUCGGUAUUUUCAUUAAAAGAGAUUAUAACCUCUUUCUCACACAUUCCUAAUAGUCCUGACUGGACCCGGUGCGAAUUCUGAGAACCUGAAUCAUUAAUUAGGAGGUGAUCUAUAGUAAGCCCGGCAAGGACCCUUCCUUGCUGGCUCAGGGGAUCAGCUGGGGCUCAUUUCUCAUUAGGACUCAAGAUGGGAGGCGGAGAUAAAUUGAAAUCAAGGGAGGUCUUUCGCUGUCAGGUCCUACAGACGUUUAACAGUGCAGCAGGUUAGUAGCUACACCCCUGCCUGUGUUCUGUUUCCUUGCGCUGGUGGAGCUGGGGAAUUUGCUUGGUGCGUCACAUUGCCCUCGUUUGUAUUUUUUCCAGGUGGUUUUCCAGGUUUUGUAACUCUCGGGUGUGAGAUCCUACCGAAAAAUUUUCAAUUUCCUUAAAGUAAGAAAUAAUAGCUGGGGGAGGAGGUGGCAAGGGAAACAGUUUAUUCUCCCCAAGAAGGCCCUAACUUCAAAUCCUUAAGAUCUGUACAGCUCAUUUACAAUUGCAGCGCUCUUGUCUCCUUUUGAAUUUGCCCCGGUGAGUCCCAUCCCUCCCUGAUGUGUAACUAAUUUUUAAAAUUUUUUUUAAUUUUAAGAUAUCACUUUUUAGAAACCCUUAAAUGGCGAGGGAAAGAAGCUUGGAAAAUGGGCAGAACAGGACUGCCUGGCUCAGCCUUGGGCGAGCCGCUGGGAGAAGCAGCCUGGCUGUCUUUGAGCCCUCUUCCCCGCCAUACAGACACGGCUCUGUAGGGCCAUCCCCCCUGCCCCCCGUCCGGAUUCACUCGCGGGGAGGUGAAGGGCUUAUCUCUUUGCAAUGAUGGUUGCGAUCUGCAAUGCAGACGCACAAAGUCUCCUCAUACCCCGCGGCGGGCUCCGGGGCCAUUCUUUCUGUUUGGGUGGGGACCUGUGAAAUGUGGGGGAUGUCGGCCAAGCUCAGUCCAGCUCACCGGGCGACCCAGCUCAGACCUGCUGCCCCGAGGGGCGAGCGAGGACCUCCUUCCCACGCCCCAGCAGGGAGCGAUGUACUCAUCCUCACCGUGACAUCUACCAGCCAAGUCGGCAAGCGCAGCCCGGUGUCCCAGCCCUCCCCCGGUCCCUGAAUACCCUCGAAAAUCCCUUCCCCCCAAUCAACCAACUUUUAACAUGACAAUGGCCAUGACAAUACCCUCCAGCCAAGGCCAGGCUGGGGCGGACUUAAAGCAUCCCCCCCAUGUGACCCCAAAGGAGUCUCUGUCCGCGGGCCGCCGGCAGUCUCGACGGUCACAUCGCGACAUGCUCGGGGCAGGGGGACCGGGCCCGGCCAUGAGCAGCCACCUAGGCACGCCGCCAUACGUGCUGUACCCUGGCGCGGCCAAGUAUGGGGACUAUUACUGGUUCUCCGCAGGCAGCAUGGACAGCGCGCCCACCGAGGAGGCUCCGGCGCCGGACGCGCUCCCGCUGCCCGCGGCCAAGACGCCCAGUCCCUCAGUUGACUCCCCAGCUUCCUCCAGCUCUGGGACACUCACCCAGUACCACACCCCCGACUCCGCCACCAGCCCCACCGCAGCAGGGAGCCCGUCUCCCUACUCCUCUCUGCAGAAGGUCAAGGCGCAAGGCAAGGGGGUGGUGAAGACGGGCAAGAGCCGCACAGCGUUCUCGCAGGAGCAGCUGAAAGCCCUACACCAGCGCUUCCAGAGCCAGAAGUACCUCAGCCCCCAGCAGAUCCGGGAGCUGGCUGCUGCCCUUGAGCUCACCUACAAGCAGGUGAAGACAUGGUUUCAGAAUCAACGGAUGAAAUUUAAGCGUUGCCAAAAGGAGAGCCAGUGGAUGGAUAAAGGGAUGUAUUUACCACAGAAUGGGGUUGAUCAGGCUGCAUACCUGGAUAUGGCGCCAGCGUUCCACCAGGUCUUCCCUGCCGGUUCUGGCAGGAACUUUCAGGCUGUGUCCAACGUGCACCAGGCUUACAGCAGCGGACAGACUUACGGGAAUGGGCAGAACCUGUACUCCUUCUCAUCUGUGGAGGAUGAAGGGCUCUUUGGAAAAGGUGGGACAAGCUGCAAUACCCAGCAAACCAUGGGUUUACUAAGCCAGCAAAUGAACUUCUAUCACAGCUACUUUGACAAUAUAGAUUAUGUCAGCGUGGAGGUAGAUGACACCUUCAACUUCCAGAGCACCUCUGACACUGUCACACCAUUUUCGAGCUCUCCUAUACAGAAUCAAUGCCAGUUACCUUGGCACCCCAUGGGGACCCAGAGUGGGUAUGAGUCUCAGGUCUGAGUAUAUUUUUCUCCCACCUCAUGUGUUCACCCAUGGGAUUUCCAGGGUUUUGAGUUUGUGUUCUAUUUGUUUUUCUUGCCUGUCCUUCACUACUGCUGUUUUAACUACUGGAGGGGCUCAGCACCCUGCUGCCUGGGGCUAGUUUCCUAUUUAAGUGUGCCUGUCUGUUCAUAGCUAACCCUUGGCAAAGAUGCUUUGGGUAUUGAGGAGUUUGAACCUCAUUCAUUGAGGCCAGUGUGCAAUGUUGCAGCUGUGAGCAGCAGAGGUUGUUACGGUCUGUUUGUUGUUCAAGUCUCACCUUCUUUGCUGCUUCUCUAGCAGGUGAUCUCUGAUCCUUGCCCUGUGUGUCUUGCAGCAGAGCUUCCAUUGCAAAGGAGGUGAAUAUUUGUUGUUGCUGAAUCAUUUUUCAUAAAGUUUGUUUUUUGUAGUGUUACCAAGCAUGUUUUAUGUUAUGUCCAUGUUGUGUUUUAUUGUUUUUUCUGGUUAAUGUUCAAUGUUCU